CGAGAACGUGAGCAUCGCGUGUAUUACGGGCAGGCAGAUAAUGAAAGCUGUGUAAAACAAAACUAAGCGAUAUUUGGAGCUAUGAUUAUGCGGUAGGAAAUAGGUAGAUCAUAGAUUGUGGUGCGCUGUAUUCGGGCGCCAUGAGCGCAUUAAGAUCGUUGCGUGCCCCCAGUAGAGGGACGGUCCUUUCAUCAUUGGCCAUCGUGGGGUUUUCAUUGGCAAUCAUUUCAUUGACAUUGUCGUCGCAUUCCAGUCGGAUUCUGUCGGGCAUCACAGGCCAGAAGGAGUCGAUAAGACGGUUAUUUGCUGAAGAGACAGAGGAAUCAAACUGUACCUGCAACUGCUCCUGUGAAAGUGACGUCCCGGAUUACGAUUCUGAUUACCGAAAUACUUCGGGGGGAAUAUCUCGACAUAGCUCUGGUAGCCAUCUUCUUAAAGGAGCAGCAAGCGAUACAGAGAGAUCGAUAGUCAACAAUCUGUGGAAUUUCAAGGACAUUAAUGAUGAAGUUCUGUUUCUUUAUGAACAAUUAGCCAUCAGGAAUAGUCAUGUGAAUCAUACAAAUACAAAUAUUUUCAGAGAAGAGCUGGCGAAAUAUCGAGCUGAUUUGAACGGUAGUUCAGCCAUUCUUCUUCAUCAAGGCAAUUGCCAAGUGGAUGGGUCAUCCAGAAAAUUGAUUAAAACAUCUGCUGAAUUUUUCGAUCUCCUUCCAAAGGGUGAUCCUUUUGGUCUGCCGGAGCAAAAACGUUUUCCAAAAUGUGCUAUUGUAGGAAACAGCGGGUCACUUCUACACAGUGGUUGUGGAAAAUCUAUCGACAAACACGAUUUUGUAAUCAGAUGUAACCUUGCAUCCUUAGCUCCUUUUAAAGAAGAUGCUGGACUAAAAAGUGAUUAUAUUACCAUGAAUCCAACACUUUAUUUAAGAAGAUAUAAAGGGCUGGGUAAAAAGGUGAACAUCGACCAGUACAACGAAGACAUGUCGCAGUACGGCGGAAUGCUCAGUAUACCUUGCUUUGGAAUGAGAGAAAAGCAUAAUGCACGGGCGAUUCGAUCUUAUAAAGGGAAGACACCGAAAAUUGUAUGCAUGAACGGACUUCACUUUAAAACCGUCACCGAUUUCUGGAAAAAGAUGGGCGUCAUAGAUAGGAAGCCCUCUACAGGUUUCUAUUUGGUGACUAUGGCGGUACAGCUUUGUGAUGAGAUAGACCUCUAUGGAUUCUGGCCGUUUUCAUCCAGAUUAGGUAGCAACAAGACCGACGUGCCUUAUCAUUAUUUCGACGAAAUGACGAGCGUGAAAGCGGAAAGUUCGCACAGAAUGGACAAAGAGUUUACAACCCUUUUACAGUUACACCUUCAAGGCAUCUUAAGAGUACACCUCGGAUCUUGUAGUUAAUGAAUAUUUCAUGUUUGCAAUAUAACCGGUGAUGGCGUAUCAAAGGUGGGGGAGGGGCACGUGCCAUGGGCGCCAUUUUCGGGGGCGCCGAAGAUGCAGAAUUGCCUUUUAAGAGUUUAAGCAAGUUGUUUAAGCCCGUUACUCUUGCAACUAUUGUGUAAAGAUUUAAACAUUUUCCAACAAUUAAAAAAAAGUUUAAAAAACUGUUUUGAACUCUGAACAUUUUUUAGGGUCGGGCUUAACAACGUGAUUUCGCGUUUUCACUAGCAGUGAAAAGGAUUCGAAAAAGAAGUCUAAGGGGUAACCCCCCCCCCCCAAAGCAGCGAUAGAGGAAAACGUCCUUGAUAAUUUGAAUUUGACCAUCGCCAGACAUUGGGCGGAAAUACACCUCUCAAAUGUUGCAAGGGACGCAAAUGUAUCCCUCCUCCGGGUGAUAUACACCUCCGUUUUACUUUAAUACUGAAAUAAAUAAGUAUAGUCCUUGGUAAUAUAGCAUAAUUUAAGCUUGUGCCAUCACGUCUGGUAGGGUGAUCGCUUAACCAGACUAUUCGAGUGGAGGCGCCCUCCCCCUAUAUCUUCCCUAUACAUCGGGUUCAAUUUACCCGAUUUUUUGUGAAAAUUGUAUUGCCAAAUACACAAAGGGUCUUAAUUGUAGACUGGAGCCGACCUUCCGGGAAUGUAGGGGUCCGUUUUCGCAAAUGGUCAGGCACGCGAUUGCCCGGCCGGACGCGACAUCCGAUCUAAUGGCACAAGCCAUUUUUUAAAGGCAAAGUCCACUUCAUUGUCAAGUCGGCUGAUGCAUGAAAUUAAAUGAGAAUAGUCAAUGAAAGUUUAACAAAAAUCCGUUGAAGGAGAUGAAAGUACAAUAUUUAAAGUUUAUUAUUAACUGAUUACCUUGCGAGUAACUCGUAUAUGUCUUUUCUAUAAUGAUGGAGAGAAGAAGUGCUAUAUAAAUGUUCUAAUGUGUAUGCGUGUGUAUGUAUGUAUUAGUACAUGCAUGAAUGUUAUAAAUGCGUGUUUGUAUCAUGCCAAAAAGUUUAGAUGACUACAUCUGUUCAAAUAGAAUAACGCAAACUUUAAUCAUAGGGGAAGAAAAAAAAAACAAAUCUAUAACAACUCAAUUCCAAUUUACUGAUGUGGCGCGUAGAUAAUGGAGACAGUUCGUUUAUUUCCGAAUAUUUCCUAAAGUGAAUGUUUAACCUACCGAUAAGCUGGUUUAUUAAAAGCAGUAAAACAGAGACUAAUAUUCUUGAAUGCUUGAUGAAGAGCCCCAAAAAGGAAUAAGAGUCGUGAAUUUCAAAUGUGCAAAGUGAUAUGCGAACAGCUCCAUUUUUCAUUUAAGAAUAAUUUCAUACUGCCCUAUCCAGCACCAGUUUUUUAAAUACAAACCCUGAUAUUUUUUCUCUAUUAUUUACUGCUUUCAUUAAACCAAUAAGGGUGAACUUCCCCUAGUGUUUUAAUUGUUGCUUGUUGUUGAUAUUUUAUUCAUUCUUAGAAGGUUCUCAUUUA